UGGUUUAUGUUUGCAGUCACUUCAGAGAGCUGGGCAAACUUCUGUUACACACAGUUACGAUGAAAGUGUUUGAGGCUUCCUUUGUGAAAUACUGAAAACUACAGAGGGACACUAAAUCAUAAAGGUGCAGUGAAACUAUGGAAAUACCAGCCAUAAAUCUCAAGGCCAUCGUGUUGGCUCACUGGUUACUGACACUCUGGGCAUGUUCGAUUCCCUGGCUUCCUACUUCUUAUGUGUUGGGGAACUUGAGUGUUCUUGCAGUGGGAGUGUGGGCCAUUGCACAAAGAGACUCCAUAGAUGCUGUAUUAAUGUUCUUGAUUGGGUUGGCAGUGACCAUCCUGACUGACAUUGUUCAUUUUGGGCUGUACUAUGCGGAUGCUGAAUCACGGUUUGAGAAAACACCGGACUUCUUCCGCUUUUGUGGGGGCAUGGCCAUCCUGAGCCUGCUGCUCAAACCUGUUUCCUGUGUCUUUGUCUACCAGAUGUACCGUGAGCGGGGUGGCGAAUACAAUGUCAACUUCGACCUGGAAACAUCCGUGGACAGUCGCUGCACCACAGAUAGUGCUGAUAGCACACUGUUCAGCCGUCGCUACUGAACCUUCCCUCCUUUUCCUCCUGCAGUCCUGUUCAGCUUCCUCUAAAACAGGAAGUUGUCAUCCCUGAGCUGCCGUGGUGUAUUUCAUGUUGACUUAUUUUUAUCGUCUUAUCUUCUUCACAUUAUGUCUUGGUAUUUAUGUUUUUUAGUGCUUCAUAUUAUUUCCUGCAUUUUAAUGUCUUAUGUUUUUUCGUUCUUUGUGCAUUUCCUUUUGCUUGAUGUUUAUUACAUUUGUUUACUCUGUGUGUGUGUGUGUGUGUGUGUGUUUGUGUGUGUGUGCGUUUACAUGAGGUUUCAUUAGAAUCAUCAAUUCUGUUAGAAGUCUCUGUGUCAAAAUUUUAAAAUCGUUUAAUGCACAUAUAGCCAUUCUUUAUCCCUUUCAUAAUGGAUUUAUAUAAUACUAAAUAUUUCCUGGCCAUGCAUUCAGGUUAUUUCCCUGCCUAUGGCCUGGGACACUAGGGUCCAUGCACCCCCGCAACUCGAUAUACAGUAGGACAAGUGGUGUGGAAAACAGAUGGAUAAAAAUAUUUAGUAUAUUUCCAUUUUUUGUGGUUAAAUUGUUCUGUAACUUUUUUUGAAUUAUUAUUAUUUUUAUUUUACAGCAACCUGUCACAAAACAGUUUGUUAAUUUGUCUCUACUGAGCACAACAACUACUGUAUGAUUAAACAAGCAAGGAUUUCUCUGUAUGACAAUACUGUGGUGUGAGGAAUCUAGCGCUUGACCAAAGAUCUUAAAAUACAGUAAAAGGUGCCGUCAUACUGAAAAAAAGGGAUAAGGAUUUACUUUGAUUUAUUUACUCUCAGAAAUUGACAGAAAUAUAUAGUGCAAAAGCAAAAGGAAGUAGUAUUUGGUUGGUCAUGUUAUCAACAUAUCUGCCCUUAAAAGUAAUUAUUAUUAAUACUAUUAUUAUUAUUAUUAUGUUUUUACUAUGUAAAACAUUUUUAAUGGGAUAAAAAAACAAAUAAACAGAGUGCACCUUUUAAAACUAAUUUAUGUUGAUAAUAAUAUUGUUUGUUAACCCUCUGGGGUCGACAAACACAAGUUUUGAUGCAUUUUCUUUUUUUUUUGAAAGCCCCUUUAGAAACUUAAAUUACUCUGUCAGUUUUGUAGGUUAAGUUGUAAGUUAUUAUAAAGUGUUAAAGAGAAAAUAAAUUUUUGGAUUGGUUGUGAGUCUGGGUGUGGGGUCUCUGUGUUGAAACCUUACAAGAACAUUAUUAAGAACCACACCAUGUAAACCAGAGACUUCUAGCUGUUUGUAGUAUUUUCUGCCUGAAUGGUCACAGAAGUGCUGAUUUACUACUCUGUCUUAGCAAUCAAUAUUGCCUGGGUUUUUAUUGCACAAUAUAAGAAAAUUGUGUUAUUUUAAAUUAUUUAUUGACCCUGGAUUUUUCAAGCUGUUUUAAUAAAUGGAAGCAAUAGCAAAUUGAUCCUUUUUCUUGAAUUAUGCUUUGUUUUUACAAAGCACUUUCUCAUGUCUGAGAUAUUAGGCAUAUAAUGUAAUUGAGAACAUUUUCCUCUGUGCCUGAAUCGCUCACAAUGCAGUGAAACCAUCUCAUCACUGGUAUUCUGUUGAGGUGCGAUGGGAUUUCUUCAGUUAAUCUAUCAUAAAGGAAUCUUCAGGCAGAAUAAAGAAGAUUAGGCUAGCAUAUUGCUCCAGUGCUACCUGUGUAAAUGACAUAUGCUGCAGAUGUCCAGGAAUUAGAUGAAAUCUGUAAGUUUUUUGUUUUGCAAUAGUGUUUAACUCACAUUAACUCAUGCCUGAAUGUUGAACCCAAUCUCAUGGAAAAAAUGAAUUUUUAUGAAUUCAUAUGAAGUGAAUCAUACUAAAAAGUAAUAUUUUUAGAAAAAAAAAAUCAUAAAGAUAUGAAGGUCCACCAUUAACCCCACCUUUAAACAUCACCCCUAAACCCCUAACCGUCAAUGGGACAUACAAAAAUGAAUGAAUGAGAUUGUAUAUGAAUUCAUACAAAUUGCAAAAAUGUGAAACAUUUGCAAACUGCCAUUAGAUUGUGUUGUGAUGUUCCAUUUGUGCAUCUGGGGAAUGUUAUUGAGUCUUUUUCAAUUAGAAUGCAAUUUCUGAAACAUGUAUAAUUAUGAUGUAUUUUAUAAUCACAAUAUAUUUUAACAAUACAAACUGAAAUUACUGUUGAGUAUGCAAAGGUUCACAGUUUUUUAUCUUUUAA